AUGCUUGAUACGGGAGCUACUACAUCACUUAUAUCACAAUCUGAACUCGAUCAUAUUAGACAUCCACCAAUUCAGCAAAUUCAAACAACAGCAGUACUUGGUGAUGGACAAACAAAAAUUACAGUCAAUGGUGCAGUUGAAUUAACUAUAACUAUCAAUGAUAUCACUACCACCAUUACAGCUCUUGUUGUCCAUUCAUUAGGUGCAAAGUUAAUUCUUGGUAUGGACUGGUGCAAAUUAAAUAAUGUGAACGUGAACAUCGGUAAAAAACAAGUUGAAAUCAAUCAUCCAAAAUACGGAAUUACAACGACACCUUUCUUGGACUUAGGCUCAGUCGAUGUCCAUCUCGCCGAAUGCAUCAUUUUAUUACCACAUCAUGAACAUAUAGUCAAAAUGUAUGUACCGAUUUCAUCUGCUAAUCUUGUUCUUUUUUUACCAGACAGGGAAAAAUGUGCUAAGUUAAAUGUUCAAGUAUCUGAUGCUUUUGUUGAAAUAAAAGACUUCUCAUUUUAUGUUUGCAUUUAUAAUCCUAACAAAAAUAUCUACAAAUUAGCUAACACUAUAAAACUAGGAUCAAUACACUAUCAAUCGAAUGAUGAAAUGAUGUACAGCAUAUUAAACCCAGCCAACCAAUCAAGUAUGACAGAACAAAGUGCCCACUUGAAUUCGAUACAGACAAAUGAACAACAAGAAUCAUCAAAAUCAUCAUUACUCGAAAAUAUUCUUCAAGAAUUAGUGAUGCACAUUGAUGAUAAAUACCAUCGCAAUGAUUUUCUUAGCAUUCUUCGACAAAACAAACAUUCAUUUGACAACUCAAAAAUGACCAGAGCAAAAACCAAGAUUCAUCAUACAAUCAACACUGGCGAUCACCUACCAACAAGUGUUCGACCAUAUUAUAAGACAGUACAACAAAGAAAGGAAGUUCAACAGGAAGUAGGAAUGUUACUUGAUCAAGGAAUUCUUCGACCCUCAAACUCACCAUGGUCAUCUCCAGUAUUAUUAAAGAAGAAAUCGGAUGGUACCUAUCGAUUUUUGGUUGACUUCCGCCGACUCAAUUCAAUCACCAAAAAGGACUCAUACCCUCAACCAUCAGCUGAAGAAUUACUUCAUCGUUUGGCUGGGCAUCAAUACUUCACCAAAGUAGAUUUAAAGUCCGGUUACUUCCAAAUACCAAUACACGAAUCCGACAUACCCAAGACUGCUAUAAUCACUCAAGAUGGACUCUAUGAAUUCACGGUGCUUGCUCAAGGUCUUAUGAAUGCGCCACCAACAUUCCAAAGGGUGAUGAAUGAAUUAUUAGCCAAUGGGCGUUGGGACUAUGUGGUUGUCUAUCUAGAUGAUAUUGUGAUUUUUUCAAAAACAAUUGAAGAACACAAACAACACGUGGCGGACGUUCUCUCAACACUUCACAAGGCCAACUUUCAAGUAUCACCAGCAAAAUGUUCAAUUGCCGUCGAAAAGAUCGAAUUUUUAAGUCACAUUGUUACAUCUGACAAAGUGGAACCAUCAUUAGACAAGAUCAAAGCAAUUGCUAAUAUUGCUCCACCAAAAACACUUUCACAAGCCAACAAGUUUAUUGGUAAAGUUGGAUAUUAUCGUAAAUUUAUUCGAGACUUCGCAAAAAUUGCUGCACCUAUUCACAAGGUUACUAACAAAACAAGAACAAAAAGAAAUGAAUUUCGUUGGGGUCAAGAACAACAAGAUGCCUUUGAAAAAUUUAAAUCAAUCCUGACAAGUGCACCACUAUUCCUCGAUUUUCCAAACCGAUCAGUACCAUUCAUCUUAUCUACAGAUGCAAGUGAUCUGAGAAUUGCUGGUGUACUCAAGCAAGAUACAACUGAUGGAUUGAAGAUCUGCUACUACAAAUCUAGAUUACUCAAUGACACUGAAAGUAGGUAUUCAACCACAGAACGAGAAGCUUUAGCAAUUUACUGGUGUCUAACCGAAUUGAGAAAUUAUAUUGGAGAUUCUGAAAUCACCAUCGAAACAGAUCACAAGCCAUUGGUCAAUAUGCAUAAGAAGAGAAACUAUGGAAACAGAAGAAUUGAUAAUUGGCUGAUACAUUUACAAGAUUUAAUACCACAAAUUAUUGAAAUAAAAUAUCGGUGUGGCAUUGACAAUAUCGGUCCUGAUUAUCUUACUCGAUAUGAAACAAUUGAUAGUGACAAUCAACAACAGUCGCUGUCUGCCAUCACUCGAUCAAUAACAAAAAAAGCAGCUGCAAGUGCUUCGUCAUCACCAACCGUGACCGAAGAUCAUCCGAUUACAUCAACACCUCUACUUAAAUCUACCUCAAUUUUAGACUUAACUUUAGAAAAGAUCAAAGUUGAACAAGAUAAUGAUACUGAUAUUCAACUUAUUAUUUCACGUAUUCAUGCCCAAAAGAAAAUGAAUAACUAUGUACUAUACAACAGCGUCUUAUUUCGUCUCAUCACCAAGAAAAACGAUGGUACCAAGAGCAAGGUUCCUUAUUUGCCUGUAUCAAUGCUAAACACUCUACUAGAAGCAUUUCAUGAUCACCCAUUGAGUGGACAUUUCGGAGUGCAACGCACUUUGCAUAAAAUUCGUACUCGAUUUUGGUGGCCCAAUAUGCGCAAAUCAAUUGAACAUUACAUCUCAUCAUGUCAACAAUGUAAAAAAUUCAAUAUCAUAAGAAGCAAAACACCAGGUCAUCUUAAAUCGUUUGAUCCACCAACAGAAGUAUUUCAAGUACUACAUAUGGAUUUCUGGGGCCCUGUUCGCACGUCAUCACAAGGAAACCGAUAUGUGCUAGUGCUUACGGAUAAUUUAUCAAAGUACGUAAUAGCGAAAGCGAUGUCAAAUAAUACUGCUAAGGCUACUGCUGAAUUCCUUAUGAACGAAUUUAUUAUGAUACAUGGUGCACCUGAACGACUUAUUACAGAUAACGGAGUACAUUUUAACAACACAUUAAUGAAGACAAUUACUGCAAUGAUGAAUACUAUUCAUGCAUUUUCAGCUUCGUAUCAUCCGCAAACGAAUGGCCAGGUGGAGCGCUUCAAUGCUACGUUUUGUACACAAUUGGCAAAGUAUUAUGAUGAGAACGAAGAUGAUUGGGAUGAUUAUCUUCAGUCUGUGGUUUAUGCAUACAAUACCGGCAUUCAUGCUACAACUGGCUUUGUUCCGUAUGAACUUGCAUUUGGUCGACGACAGAAGAGUCCAUUCGACUCCAAUUCAAGCAACUUCACACUAACUCAACCGGAUACAUUUUUCAAACAUUUACAAAAAAUACGGCGAACGAUUCUCAAACAAGCUCAAGAAAACAUACGUCACCAACAACAAUUAACAAAACUAAGAUAUGACAAACAUCGUAAGGAUAUGUCUUAUUCGAUUGGUGAUUUGGUAUUUCUCAAGGUAUGCGUCGGCCGUACAAAAUUAGGUGAACGAUGGAUAGGACCCUGUCAAGUGACCAAUAAGACAGGUGAACAAAGUUAUUUUGUUCAAGACAAAGAAACAGGUAAAUCUACAUGA